CUCGAUUUUGAAAGACAGUAGCAAACGGCGCGCAAACGACUAAACCCGCUUCGGGGCGACUCGAUUCAGUUCGUGCGAUUGGCCGACUAGUGGCCGAAGUGGCCGACCGGCCGGUCACAGAAAUUCACAGUCUUCCGCUCUAUACUCCUUUCUCCCGGUCAUCUACACUUACACCGGCAAUGAGCGGAGUGGAGCGAGGGAGCGAGAUAGACGACGUGGUUUCCUAUGGGAAACCGACCGUUUAUUCGGACUUGGCCAUCAGUUUGUCAGCGGCACCGCUCUUGCGCGCAUGAUCAUUCAUCGCGCCUUUUCUGUUUCGUGCGAAUGCUAUACUGUAUAACGCUCUUGGGUACCGCUAUAGCGCUAUAAACACACGCAUAUGUCGUGUCCGUCCUUUUCGCAAAAGCCGGGUGGUCGGUGAUGCUGAGAAAGCAGAGAGCGUGGAGGUAGCCAGAACGGAGCCACAAGAGCCAAAUCUGAUUUGCUCCUGGUUUGAGUAGCCACGACGCCGUUGUCCGCGCGAGUGGUGCGCGUCCGACAAUCAAUUCGGAGAAUAGUAGCCGGCAGAACGGAGCUGUCAUCACAGCGACUACUCCACAUGUGGACAUCGCCAUCCCGACUUAGGAUCGGCCGGGCACCCAGGAAAAAGACACAGCCUUAAGCUGAUAGCUACGUCAUCAGCUGCUGCGGCCGAUGCAGGAUGGAGAAUAACGAUGGAUCUAGAAGAAAGCUCUCUUUCCUCGGCUUCGGCAAACGGGCCGAUGGGCAUGGCGCGGAGAUGGGACCGGAGCUCGACGAGGAGAUGGAAAAAGUAUUCGCGAUGGACACCGCAGAAAAGUUCGAUGUAGCCCGGCUCGGUUCACCUUCGGAAUCGACUGGAUCCGAUCGUGAUCGCGAUCGCGGCCCACCGCGAUAUGGCGAUCGCGAUCUUAAUCAACACCGGAAAAGAAGCUACCCUCACCCGCACAUGCCCUUGAAGAGCUUGCAUUCCAGAUCUAUGCGACGACAUUUUUCACCUGAAGGAUCAGCAGAAACAUCCGAAAAGGAGCACAGCAAUGUCCAGGCGGGAAGUAAUAAUGAGACCCAGGAAGUCGAUGGGACGAAUCAUAACGGAUUGCUAUCAGUCGUCACAGCCGAAACCGAAGUGGAGGUCAAUGAAGAAAUAGUAGAGGAAACUGAACGCGUAAAGAGUAACGAGAAUGAAGCACCGAUCUCAGAGAGAGCAGCUUCCGGUUUUAGUGACAGCUCUACUGUCGGUAGUCCUAGAGUGCAGUUUGAAAAUAUCAAGGAAGAAGAUGGACCGAGCGUACAAAUAGAUGCGGAAGUACCGGCAGAUGUUGCUCCAAGCGCCCUCCAUGAAGAAGACCGGAAGUGCCGACGGCAUCAGAAACACGAACAUAAACGCCAUCAUCACAAGUCUCGCAAGUAUUCCCUACAGGAGGAUCCGCAAUGGCGGAAACGAUCGGGGGCAGGUUUGUCGGACAUCUCGAGUUUACUGACUCGACGUGUCAGUGUACAACCGGAGGAGGCGAGCACCUUGCAAGAACUUGACAUCGACGACUUGGAAUCUCAUCGUAGCGAUGAUCCACGCGGUAUGCGUCGACAUAAGGCCUUUACGGUGCAGAUCGGCCGACGAAAGGAGGGCGGUAUCCCUCACGAUACCUUCAAGAAGAUGUACGAUCAUUCGCCGCACGAGGUGUUUGUCCAGCUGGACGAGUUGCACGGUUUGGGCGAGGAGCGCGAGUGGCGCGAGACCGCCAGGUGGAUCAAAUACGAGGAGGACGUCGAAGAAGGUGCCGACAGAUGGGGCAGACCCCAUGUGGCCUCUCUCAGCUUUCAUUCGCUAUUGAAUCUGCGCCGUUGCCUAGAGACCGGCGUGGUCCUCCUCGACCUGGAGGAAAGGGACUUGCCCGGACUGGCCUACAGAGUAGUGGAACAGAUGGUCAUCGAGGAGCUGAUUCUACCGGAGGAUAGACCGGUCGUGAUGAGGGCACUGUUGCUUAGGCACAGACAUGUGCAUGAACAUGAACGUGGUUUCCGAUUCGGCGGGAAAAGGAGUUACUCCAGUUACACAAGUCUUCAGUCCAUCUGGCUGGAGGAAGAAGAUGCUGCGCGGGAAGCCGCUGAGAACCAUGUAACCCAACAUAAUCUGCACGACGCGAAGCCGAAGAUUAUAGCAUCGAAUCUGGCGCUCGACAGCAAUCACACCACGAUCGACGUAAAGGAGGAAUUAACGUACACGAGCAGUAACGAGGACCUAAAAAAGAGCACCCAUAAUGAUUACAUUCUGAAGAGGAUCCCGGCUGGUGCCGAAGCAACGGUUGUCCUCGUUGGCGCCGUCGAUUUUCUGGACCAGCCGACAAUAGCCUUCGUCCGAUUGGCCGAGGGUGUGCUGAUACCGUCCAUUACGGAGGUCACAAUACCGGUCAGAUUUAUGUUUACUCUGCUGGGGCCAAGAAAUGCGGAUUUGGACUAUCACGAGAUCGGUCGGUCGAUCUCCACCCUGAUGGCGAACACAUCGUUUCACAAAAUUGCUUACAAAGCGAACGAGAGACGAGAGCUAUUAUCGGCCAUUAACGAGUUUUUGGAUGAUUCGAUCGUGUUGCCACCUGGUGACUGGGAGAGACAAGCCUUAUUGCCGUUUAACGAGCUUAAGGCGAAAAGCGAAGCUAUCAGAAAGAGGAAGGCGAAAGCGCUCGAAGAGAAGGGCAAGCCGGAGCAAAGCGAGGCGACUGUGAAGAAAGCUCUUUUAGCUGGCGAAGAGGAAAAGAAGCUUCCGGAAGACGAUCCCCUACGACGCACUAGACGACCAUUCGGUGGCCUCAUCAAUGAUAUCAAGCGUCGCUAUCCCCAUUAUCUGUCCGACUUUACAGAUGGGCUGAGCUCUUCCUGCCUCGCAGCAGCCAUCUUCAUGUAUUUCGCCGCGUUGUGCACCGCUAUCACAUUUGGCGGUCUAUUGAGUGAUAAAACGCAGAAUGUGAUUGGCAUUUCUGAAACCUUAGUUUCCGGAUCAUGGACGGGGGUGGUGAUGGCUUUGUUUGCAACCCAACCAUUAGUAAUCAUCGGCACGACCGGCCCGUUGUUACUCUUCGACGAGAGCUUGUACAACUUUUGCAUAGCAAACGACCUCGAAUUCCUUACCGUGCGGGUAUACGUUGGCGCUUGGAUGGGCAUCAUUGCCGUGGUGAUCGCCUGCGUCGAAGGUUCGGUUCUUGUGCGACUCUUCACACGUUUUACCGAAGAGAUUUUCACCGGGCUGAUCUCCAUCCUCUAUAUCGUUGAGACGUUCAUCAAGCUCUACAAUUACUUUGUGCGUAAUCCACUCAUCCAUGAGUACAGCUUCGGACCAGAUGCCAAUAGCACCAUCUAUCCGCUCUAUGUCGUCGGAAUGCGAAUAACCAAUUCGCCAUGGAACGAGACUGAGGAAAGCCUACGCUUGGAUAAGCCCCAGGAACUGAUACCGAGUCAUAACAUCGCCGGAUUACCAAUCAAUCAACCCAACACUGCUCUGAUGUGUACUAUUCUUUGCCUCGGUACCUUUCUGGGUGCCUACUACUUAAGAAUCUUCCGCAACAGUCAUUACUUGGGCCGUAGUGCACGACGAGCCUUCGGAGACUUCGGCGUGCCCAUAAGCAUCAUUGUAUUCGUUCUAAUCGAUUAUCUGGCUACGGUAAAGACAGAGAAAUUGUUAGUUCCCGAAGGUCUCUCACCUACUAUACCUGAUAGAAAUUGGUUCGUGUCUCCAGCCGGUUUUGAAAAACCUAUUCCGGUCUGGAUGGUUCUUGCUUGCAUGGUGCCAGCUUUGCUAGUUUAUAUCCUGGUGUUUAUGGAGACUCAAAUAUCAGAAUUAAUCAUCGAUAAGAAAGAACGCAAGCUACGUAAGGGCAACGGCUACCACAUGGAUAUCGUGGUGGUCUGUCUGAUGAAUGUGGGAUGCGGUUUGAUGGGUGCGCCCUGGUGCUGCGCUGCAUCAGUGCGCUCCCUCACUCAUGUAUCCGCCGUGACCGUGAUGUCACGUACCCACGCGCCUGGUGACAAGCCGCACAUCGUCGAGGUGAAGGAACAGCGGGUGAGCGCCCUUCUGGUCGCAAUACUGAUAGGCGUAAGCGUGCUGAUGGCGCCUCUAUUACGCCGGGUGCCGAUGUCCGUCCUGUUGGGUGUAUUCCUGUACAUGGGCAUCUCAUCGACAAACGGCGUGCAGCUAUUCGAUCGCAUCAAGCUGUUCUUUAUGCCGGUCAAGCACCACGGCACAGCGAACUACGUGCGGCGCGUGCAAACCUACAAAAUGCAUGUCUUCACCCUCAUACAGAUCCUGUGCCUGAGCGUGCUGUGGAUCGUCAAGAGUACGAGGGCAGCCCUAGCUCUACCCUUCUUCCUCAUCCUGAUGAUGCCACUGCGCGCUCAGAUGAGCCACUUCUUCACCGCAGCGGAGCUACGCGCCCUUGACAGCAAGGGAUCCGAGCACGAGGUUGAAGACGAGCUCGAUUUUUACGAGGAGGCUCCGUUACCUGGUUAGACUGUGCCUUAAUCGAUUACAUGUCUCUCUCUUUCUCUCUCUCUUUCUCAUAUACCCUCUAAACUCAUUCUCUAAAAUUCUUUCGUCUGUCUUUUCAAAACUAUUUACUGGUAUACCUGCCUCAUACAUCAGGGUCUCCUAAAACGUUUAGCAUUAGUCAGAGAGUACAGAGUUCUAUUUUCAUCAGAUUGAGAUAUAUAAUGUUCUAAUGUUGGAUUUAUGAUAGGAAGUAAUGUCCAAUAUAUUUUAGAUAAAUGAUAGCGUAAAGAAUAUCGACAAUUGUCGAAUUUUAUUUGUGGAUUCUUGAUUGCAGAAAUCUUUGAUUCCGCAAAUUUUUGUUUUUUUUUUUUUGUUCUUGGAAAUGCUUGCUUUUGCAGAUUUUUAAUUUCCCAUAUACAUAUAUCUGCUUAAUUAAACAUACAUAUAUACAUAUAUAAUUAAUAUUCUAUGGGCUUCUAAUGAAUUCUUGUUUGCGUACAUAGCAUCGCGAAUCUUCAAACUUUGAUCAAAUUCUUAUUUUAUAGUUUUCAAUCCCAAAAAAUACACAGUAUUUUUAUUCCAUAAUUUUCCAAAUUUUUAGAUUAGAUAGCACAAAUAUUCAAUUGUAUUCUUUGAUGCCUGUUUUGAGUCUACAUUUUUUGCAUUUGCUUUUUAUCGUAAAACCGUGAAAAUAUAAUUUCAUUACUUUAUCUUUAUAGUAUACUUUAAAAGCGAUUAAAUUAUUCGUGCAAAUACCAGAUAAUGGAUAUGCCAGACUGUAUUUGCGUUUUCGAAAUUAAAUGGCAAGUGCCUCAAGUUUGAUUACUCGACGAUACAAUGCUCAGGAAAAGUUAAUGUAAAUGGCACAUAGAAAUAGUGCCAAAAUCGAAAUGCGUUACGAGAAUAACAGUUUGAUUAAGUGGUGUAAUCGCCGAAAAGUAGACAUAAUUCUUACAAAUCAUUUCUUCCUCUCUUUCAUAUAUAUAUGUUUCUUUAAUCAUUGAAUUCUACAUCAAACAAUUUAAUAUCUCAGACUUUUAGGUUCCAAUACAUUUCUCAAUUUUCCAAGGUUUCUUCUUUACAAUUACUUCGCAAUGCACGUCCUUCAUUUAAUUGAAUAAUAUUACGCAUAGAUAUUGAAAAACUUUCAAUUCUAUUAUUAAUUCUUGAUUUAACAGAGAUACGAGAUUAUAUCUUCAAUUUCACGAAUUAUGAUCAAUAUAUAAAUUUAUAUCAAGAUCUUAUUGUUAGAUCUUCAUAAUCCGAUUAAUACCAUUGUUUUCGCAAAUUUUUCCAUUUGUAUUUCUUAAAUCCACACAUUUCGAUUUCUGAUUCCUAUUUACAUAUAUAGUAUAUGUACGCUAUCCUUAAAUUCACAAAAGUACUUACACAUGUACCUGCAUAUUUUAUUAUGCACGCGCGUACACGAAUAUUUAUACACUGUAUCAGUGGCGUAUUUGGGAUUUUGUUUCGGGGGGAAAGAAAAGGAAUGAGUGAUUUUUUAUAACAUAUAAAAAAAGAGGGAAAUUGAGCAUCAGGCCUGUGUUCAAAAUCUGUGCGAGAAAGAUAUAUAUAUAGUGAUUAUAUCAAUCAUAUGCAAUGCACAUAUACUAAUAUCGUUGUUGCCAUAUAUGGUUCUUUCGCAUGAUCAUCGCGUUAGAAAAAGGUUAUGUCAACAUCUACGUUGAUUUGUCUAACAAUGAGACUUGUUUCACAUAAUAAUCGCAAAUGCCCUGUCGCCAAUCGCAAUUACUAAUUGAAAUUAUUUUCGGUUGUUGCUUGGCAAUUGCAGUUGCAAAAAAA